AAAAUGGUAAGUCGCCCAUACGGACUAUCUUCUAAUUUGUGGUCGUGAGCAUUUGCUUUCUUAAUUCGUCGGCUAUAUAUGCAGUAUGAACAAGAUUUUACGCCACCUCUCGCAUAUCUAUGGAUAUCUCAAUUUUAAUCCUUCUUCUUUGUCUGCUGCAAGCUUCUUCUCUAUCUUCAUCUGAAACACUUGACCUUCUCAGAGGCUCAUCUCUAUCAGUCGAGAAACCAAGCGACGCAUUGGUUUCAGCAAAUGGUGAAUUCUCUGCGGGGUUUUUCCCCGUUGGGGAUAACGCUUUCUGCUUUUCCAUAUGGUUCACACUCUCCUCGGCUCGCACCGUUGUUUGGAUGGCAAACCGAGAUGAUCCUGUGGAUGGAAAAGGUUCACAGCUUUCACUUUUGAAAGAUGGCAAGCUUAUCCUAACAAACUCUGUUGGUAUAACCAUUUGGGCCACUAGAACACCAGUCUUGACCUCAUUCGAUGCCUCCAAGUUGCAGCUACAGCUCCUAAACACAGGCAAUCUUGUUCUUCAUAGUUCUGAUCAGAGCGUUGUCAUCUGGCAAAGCUUUGAUUCGCCUACAGAUACUCUUCUACCUCAACAAGCACUCACCAGGGUUUCAAGCCUUAUCUCAAAAAAAGGUGAAGCUGACUAUUCUUCUGGCUACUAUAAGCUCUAUUUUGACAACGAUAAUGUACUCCGCCUGCUUCACCAAGGCAUAACAGUAUCCAGUCUCUAUUGGCCUGCUCCAUGGUUAGAUGACCUCGGAAAAGCCGGAAGGUCUAAGUACAAUACAAGUAGAGACGGAAUACUAAACGUCACAGGCUAUUUCCAAUCGUCUGACCAUCUUGCUUUCCAAGCAGCAGAUUUUGGCGUGCUAGUUCCCAGACGAUUGACGGUGGAUUCUGAUGGCAACCUGCGAUUGUACAGCCUGCAAGAGACGAAUGAAGGUCGGGAUUGGGUUGUGACAUGGCAAGCGUUGUCUAUCACAUGUCAGAUUCAUGGCAUCUGUGGACCCAAUAGCGUGUGUAGUUAUGAUCACGCUUCUGGCAGGAAAUGCUCUUGCUUACGGGGCUUCAAGAUGGAGGAUCCAACUGACUGGUCUUUUGGGUGUAUGCCAGAAUUCAACAUCUCUUGCAGUCACAGGAAUGAGUCCAGUUUUGUCCAACUUGCUUAUGUUGAGUUCUACGGCUCUGAUAUAGAGGCCCCAUCGAAUCGUUCCUUACGAAGCUGCGAAGAACAAUGCCUGAAAUAUUGUGAUUGCAAAGGGUUCCAAUUUAAGUUUAUUGCUGAUGAAGGUGUCAAUAAAUGUUACCCCAAGUUUAUGCUACUCAAUGGGCGACGCACACCAAAUUUUGAGGGAGAUUUAUAUUUAAGACUACCCAAAGCUGGUCUUUCCCACAACAACACGCCAGAUAACGAAAAUUCAAGGUUGGAGUGUUCAAGCGAAGCUUCAAAGCAAGUAAGAAAAACGUAUGAAAAUAAGACGGUGAAGCUUUUGCUUUGGUUUGCCAUUGCAGUCGGAGGUGCAGAGGUCACCUGCGUUUUGCUGGUGUUGUUUUUCUUAUUCAGGACUAACAGACAUUCAGACCCAACUGAACAAGGAUACCUCCUGACAACAAGAUUUAGGCGCUUCACCUUUGCUGAGUUCAGAAAGGCAACGAAAGGAUUCAGUGAAGUGAUCGGACGAGGUGCGGGGGGGACAGUAUACAAAGGUGUACUGCCUGAUCAGCGGGUAUGUGCAAUCAAGCGACUCAACGAAGCCAACCAAGGAGAAGCAGAAUUCUUAGCAGAAGUAAACAUUAUUGGGAGGCUUAACCACAUGAACUUGAUAGAGAUAUGGGGAUACUGUGUAGAGGGAAAGCACAGGCUUCUAGUGUAUGAGUACAUGGAGCAUGGUUCCUUGGCGGAAAAUCUUACUUCUAAUGCACUUGAUUGGGAAAAGAGGUUUGAAAUUGCAGUGGGUACAGCAAAAGGCCUUGCUUACUUGCAUGAGGAGUGCCUGGAGUGGGUUCUUCAUUGUGAUGUAAAGCCUCAGAACAUACUCUUAUACUCUGAUCAUUACCAACCGAAAGUUGCAGAUUUUGGCUUGUCUAAACUUCUAAAUAGAAGUGAACUUGAUCAUUCAAGCUUCUCAAAGAUGAGAGGAACUAGAGGUUACAUGGCUCCAGAGUGGCUUUACAAUCUUCCUAUAACAUCUAAAGUGGAUGUCUACAGUUACGGGAUCGUUUUGUUGGAAAUGGUUACUGGAAAGAGCCCGACAGGUAUGCAUAGCUCUAACAGCGGAGGGGCGGGGGAGUAUACGAGCGUGGUCAAGUUGGUGAAGGAGAAGAUCAACAACAAUAUUGCAAGCACUAGUGCAAAUGAGUCAUGGAUUCAAGCAAUUAUUGAUCCCAGGAUGGUUGGGAAAUAUGACUCUGCCAAGAUGGAGCUUCUGGUCAAAGUUGCUUUGCAAUGUGUGGCAGACGACAAAGAUGACAGACCCACCAUGAACCAGGUUGUAGAGAUGCUUCUGCGCCAUUAGGGUCAUCUAAUAUUGUUUGAAACUCAAUUUUAAAGUUGUCUACUUUAAAUUGUGAUUAUUUUCUUUCUGUAAUCGUUUUUUUUUUUUUAAUGAAUACUUAUAUUUGUAUACCGUAAUAAAUGGAUUAAUUUGACGAUUCA